GGGACAGGUAUUCUUAUCUUACUCGGAAAGGCCGAGGCGCUCCUCGGCAAAAUUCCAUCCUACUUGAGUGAGUAUGUUGUUGGUUUGCAGCAGGGCCUCUUUGGUGGCUAUCCAACCACCAAGGAUAUUGCCCCCAGCGCCCUUUUCUUGGCCAUUUUCAUCGUGUUCUUCUUUGCCCACUUGUUUGUGUUCAUUAAAAACUAUACGAGAGGCCACAAGUUUUGGAUAUCACUUGGUUUGGCGGGCUACGCCUUGAUGAGAUGGAUUGGGUUUGCCAUGAGAGUCCGCUGGUCCAAGAAUAUCACCUUGGUCAAGCUUGGGAUUGCCUCCGAGGUCUUUUUGAUCUUGCCAACCAUAUUGUUGAACACCCUCAACUUGAUUAUGGCCCAACGUAUCUUCACCUGGAGACACCCGGUCGGUGGUGCCUCCAAGCUUUUCUGGAACUUGAUGUUGACGGUCUACGCCCUCGUCAUUGCCAUUAUCCUCAUGACCAUUGUCGCCUCGGUGGUUCCGUACGUGUACUUGUUGUCCGCAAAGCAUUACGAGAUGUGCAGAAAUGUGGUCAAGGUCUCCGAUAUCUUUGUCCUCCUCUAUGCCUUGCUCUCCACUAGUCUUAUCGCGCUUGCGUACGUUUUCAAGCCAACCCAGAACGACAAAAACUGUGCCACCUACCAGCCAUGGUGGAUCAAAUCCUUCUCUCCGUUCUACUACGUCGAAAAGAACGCCGCCCAGGAGGCCGAGCAGUCGUUCCUCAAGAGACCUUCCAGCCAGCGCCAUGCCAUCCGUGUCAUUGCCUCCACCGAUUCUCACCUUGAAAACCACGUUGAAGGUGUUUCUACCGACAGGGGCAGCUUGAAGCACAACCACUCUAUCGUCCUCAUCACCAUCACCACCCUCAUCAUCUUCCUGGGUGCUAUCUUGCGUGCCAUCACCUCUUUCGAUGAAAAAACCGCUGCUGAGGGUACCAACAUCUACAAGCCAUUUGUGAUGUACAUCAUGUGGGGUGGGUUAGAGACCGUCGUUAACAUUCUCUACUUGAUUGGGAGAGUCGACUUGAGAUUCUACAGACCAGAUGUGUUGCCAAAGGAGGUCAGAGCCAUUGUGACUGCCAACCAGUCUCCCUACGAGUCUGAUUCCGAAGAA